GACGGGGACCCCGGCGGCCCGAGCAUCGCGCGCAGCAGCCGCGGUCCCGCAGCUCCGCCCCCGGCCCGGCCCCGGGCCCGCUCGCCCGCCGCCCCACAUGGAGCUGUCAGCCAUCGGUGAGCAGGUGUUCGCGGUGGAGAGCAUCCGGAAGAAGCGCGUGCGGAAGGGCAAAGUGGAAUAUCUGGUGAAGUGGAAAGGAUGGCCCCCAAAGUACAGCACGUGGGAGCCGGAGGAGCACAUCCUGGACCCCCGCCUGGUCCUGGCCUACGAGGAGAAGGAGGAGAGAGACCGAGCKUCUGGGUAUAGGAAGAGAGGCCCGAAACCCAAGCGGCUUCUGCUGCAGCGGCUCUACAGCAUGGACCUGCGGAGCUCCCACAAGGCCAAGGGCAAGGAGAAGCUCUGCUUCUCUCUCGCGUGCCCACUCGGCAGCGGGAGCCCCGAGGGGGUGGUCAAGGCGGGGGCGCCUGAGCUGGUGGACAAGGGCCCCUUGGUGCCCGGCCUGCCCUUCCCGCUCUGCAAGCCCCGCAAGGCCCACAAGUAUCUGCGGCUCUCGCGCAAGAAGUUCCCGCCCCGCGGGUCCCACCUGGAGAGUCACAGCCAUCGACGGGAGCUCUCCCUGCAGGAGACACCGGCCUCGGAUGACCUGCAGGCGGCGGGCCAGUGGGAGCCCGCAGAGCAGCCCCCUGAGGAGGCAGAUGCAGAACUGGCAGAUGGGCCCCCUCCCUGGACACCUGUGCUUCCCUCAAGUGAGGUGACCGUGACAGACAUCACCGCCAACUCCAUCACCGUCACCUUUCGAGAGGCCCAGGCAGCAGARGGCUUCUUCCGAGACCGCAGCGAGAGGCUCUGAAUCACCGUUUCCACCGUUCUUCGCUGUUUCCUUUGGGGCUUGGGGUGGGGAACUCCCGAGACAGGGAGGGGUUGGGGCAGGGUAAUUAUUUUAUUUAAAAAAAACACCAAGCAGAAGAAGUGGGGAUGGCCCCACAACCUCCCACCACCCUGCCCUUCUCUGUGAAGGGCGUUUGCAGAGAGSCCUUAGGGCUGGGUUGGGAAGGUUGGUGUUGCUCUGUUUAGGGUCCCAUCUCCAGGCUGAUGGGGACAGGGCCACCUGCUCAGGCUGCUUCUGCAGCUGACUGCCUUGCCUUGCAGCUGCUGGUUCCAGGAGGGAAAGGAGCCCUGGGAGGCAGGGCCCCACCUGGCAGCCCCCAGCCUGUCUGGUUGUCUGGCCCUCCCACCCCUUUCUUGGGCUUGGGUGUUGGUUUUGAUCUUUCCCCUCCAGCUUUGGUGGGGCUCGGAGGCUGCUCUCACCCCAGGGCCCAGGUCAGGGAGAAGGGGCUGGAGGGAGGGUCUGAGGUAGAGUCACAGACUCCUUCCCAGGGAGGAGGCUGCCCUCUGGGCUCCCUCUGCUGAGAGAUCCUGCCCCAUCUCCUGGCUCGUGUGGAAAUAUGUGCACACCUAGCGGCACAGCGUGCACGAUGCCCCUUGUGUACAUCACAUGUGCCCUGAGUGUCCACGAGGGCCUCACAUGCCUCCUUUAGAAACCCUGGCCAGGUGAACUUAGUACAAUUCACAGCACAAAAGAACUCGCCACGGCAACCCACCACCUUGCACAGGUCACGCGAUAGGACCUGUUCCAGGUCAUGGGACAGGACCUGUUCCAGCUCCAUUUGCUCGCAGCUGUCAGCGAGAACAAGGUUCUGGCCACGAGCAUGGCRGCAUCUGCUGCUCCAGGCAUGCAGAUGUGGCUUCCUGGUUGUGCCUGGCCAAGCAGCAGGUGUGCAAGCAUCUGCCCAGUUGUGCUGACACAUCUGCAUAGACUCCAAGACACUUGUGACCUGUCCUUCCUCCCACAGGGAUUCUUGUCCUUUCUGACUCAGGUGACUUUUCAGCCCUUCCAACUCCCCUUUUUCUGCCCUCCCCUCCAGCUCAGCCGACCCCAAGCAUGGUGUGGGUGUGGGCAGGCAGGAAGGGCGGGGGUGUCCCACUUUCUCAGGGCAGCCCUUGUCUCCUGGACCCCUUUCCACUUCAUUCUGUGUCCUCCCACCAGACCUAAAUAGCACGGCAGGGACUGGCCUUGUUUCCUGUGGGGGUCCAGCCGCAGGGGAGGGUAGUUCAGGCUGUGCACAAGCCUAGCGCCCUGGCGAGGUUGUGUCUGCCAGGAGGAGGGAUGCUUGGCCUCUGGUCUGCCCCAAGGUUCCCUGSGGGCUGGUGGCUUCCCUGCUCCCUCAUCCCAGCCCUGUCCCAGAGAGAAGGCCAGAUGGAGUCAGGGGUCCUGGGGAGCAGGGCCAGCAGGUCCACUCCCCCACCCUUCCACCCCGGUCAGAGUCGGGGUAACCUGAACACAGUAGAGCCAUUGUGGCUGGGAGCUCAGCCCUGUCCCCUGACUCUGUGCCUGUCCUCAGAAGGUCAUUAGGUCUUCGUGAGGACAAGGGCAGGGUGACUCUUUCCCCCAGACUCCUCCCCAGUUCCCAAACCAAAGACAGCAGGCACCCUUUUCCUUUUUGGGAUGCUUUGUUGGCAAGAUUCCCAAUUCCCAGCUCCUUCUCCCUCUCUCUAAUUCUCGUUGCCCGGGAUCAAUUCAGUGCUUCCAUUGGGGGACAGUCACAAUAGGUGACCUGAUUCACCCCAGCCCAGGGAAUGGGAUCUAGAUGAGCAUGUGGGGUGGGCCCGGGAAGGGAAGGGGCUUCAGCUGCACGACCCUGAGAAGAGGAGAAGCCUGGGGCAGGGGCUCUUCAGGGCAGGGGCUCCCAGCCCGGGAGGUGGAGGGCGAGGCCGGGUCAGCGAGGGGUCCUCUCCAGCUGACUGCUGGACCAUGGCUCUGGGACAGGGCCACAGCUUCUAGUAGAAGACACACCCCGCCCCCUCAGGAGACACAGGCCCUCUUCCUGCUUCCUGGGGGUCCUCAGCUGUCAAAUUUGCCAGCCUGUGGCCCUGGGGGGGGUGGGUUUUUUUGGUUUUUUGCUUUUUUUUUUUUUUUUCCUGGUGGGUGAGGCAGCUGUGUUUCUGUCUGCAGCAGCAGAACAUGCAUCUCCUCUUCCUCAGACCUUUGUGGCCCACAGGGAACCCUGUGGCUCAGAGGGUGAGGUCCAGGCCUGGCCCUGGAGUGACGGUCUUGAGAUGUCCACCUCAGGGCAGCCGGAGGCUGUGAACCCUGAGAGCGGCUCCCUGGGGAGAGCCACUCAGGCAGUUAGGAUCUUUUUCAGCCCUGACAGGUGACCUUUGUGAGGGGUUGGGUUUGGCCAUACAGGCCUCCCCCCAGCCCUGAGUGUCCCAGCUAGGGUCAGGUGAGAGAAGACCAGGUGGACAGUGACCUCCCGCCCCACAGCUCCCCGGAAGGCCAGUACCCUCAGGCUGGGGAACACGGGCCGCCUGCCUCUCCCCAGCCCCUUUUGAAUGUAGAGGCCUGUUGGUACUUUACUGUCGCCAUGGAGCGGGGUGGAAUGUCCCACCCACCCCUGGCACGGAACCUUAUCAUUCUGACAGGACGGUAACCCCUUUGCCAAUGUCCCUCGCCGCCUCCUCCGGGAAGGCGCUAGGCAUCUGAACGGAAGCCCGUGUAGCUUUUGCUUUACAAAUGGCCAGAUGUGGCCACCAGGUCUCAGCCAAGAACGCGUCCUUUGCACAGAUGAGCUUCGAGCUUUGUUCAGACGACAUGAAUGUACUCGAGGACCGGGCAUCGGCUCCCAGGGCGCGCCUUCCUGAUGGUGCGGCUGGGGAGGGUCRGAGCGGGUGCGGAGCGCAGUUUUAUUUUUGUACUGAUAUUGGUAAGAGACUGUAUAGCAUCUAUUUAUUUAGAUGAUUUAUCUGGUAAAUGAGGCAAAAAAUUAUUAAAGACAAUU